AUGCCAAGACUUAAAUCGUACCGUCGAUCUCAGGCUGCUAAGAAGAAUUGGGCCGUACAAAAGGCCCAACCAGCUGCCAGUUCAACAUGCUACGGUACAGGUUACCGUCAUGAAGCGCGGACAUGGCCGACAUCCUCCUUGACUGAUCAUCCCCACCAGUUGGUCAUUCCUGACAGAUAUCCAGGGGAAAAGUUUGUGCUGCUGGUUGGAGACUCUCAUCUCAGAUCCGUCGUGGAUGGAUUUGUGGAGAUGCCUCGGGGGGGACUUUCCUUCGGACUCAUGGCGACACCAGGGGGGGGCGCACAGGUUCUGAAGAGCGAGUUUGAGGGAGCUGUUCUGCCUUCGACCCCCGAUGCAGUCUGUGUUCUGGCCCCCGGCAUUAACUUGGGAAAGAGCCGGACCCCCGGAGCGGCUGGUGCCGAUUUUGUCUCUCUCCUGACCAGAGUCCUGCUCAGCUGCCCCAACGUGCUUGUCGUGGACUUCCCUCCACGUCUGGACAUUGCAGCAGAAGACCAGAAUGCCUUGCGGCAGGAGUUUCGCCUUGUAGCUGCCAGGAUGGGUCUGCAAUACUUUUCCAUUCAUAAUCACUUUCCUUCAAACUGCCAUGACCUGUGGGCCAAAGAUGGGAUUCAUUUGAGUGACGAUGCGGGGAUGCCCCUCCUGCUUCAGCUGAUCUGGACUGCCACCUCUCUGCACCUGGGGUCACCACCGCCCCCCCAGGGACCUGCUCCGGGGCCCGAUGUGAAGGCAGAGCCUGAACGACAGAGCUGGCAGGUAAUGGCCUUCACACUGUAG